ACACCUCUCUGCGCCGCCGGCCUAAACCUAGCCAUCCGUCCGCCCGCCAUCCCGACGCCGGCCGCACUCCCAGUCCCCUCCCCUAACCGCUCGCCGCUUACCCCCUCUCUUCCUUACAGCGAUUCGGUGGCGCGUUCGCUCGCCGCUUCUCCCCGUCUCUCUUCGCAGCGAUUCGGUGGCUCGUCCCCUCGUGCUCCUGGUCUCCACUUCCAUCUGCAGCGCCGCUUUCUCUCCGCCGCGUGUGACUCCGUCGCUCGGUCACCGCUUGCUGCUGCGGCGAUCUGGGUGUGAAUUGAGGUUUAGGAGUAGUUAGUACCGACCGCCAGACCAUGGAGGUCGACGGCGAGGCGCGACCUUUCCGCCUCUUCUCCAGCAGGGCCAAGACCAAACCGAAGCUCAAGCCUGAACCCGAGGUCCGGACCCGGCCGGAGCCACGAAGCCCUGACACCGGCGCCGUCGAGGCCGACCACGCUGGCUCCGAUCCGGCCCCCACCAUCGUGACCGAGACCGGCCAGGCCGACGACGCCGAAGCCGCGGCCGGCGCGGCGCCGGCCACGUUCUCGGACCUCGGCCUGUCGCAGUGGCUGGUCGACGCGUGCAGCGCCCUGGGCAUGGAGCGCCCGACGGCGGUGCAGCGCCGGUGCAUCCCGCGCGCGCUGGCGGGGGAGGACGUGCUCGGCAUCGCCGAGACCGGGAGCGGCAAGACGGCCGCGUUCGCGCUGCCCAUCCUGCACCGCCUCGGUGAGGACCCCUACGGCGUCGCCGCGCUCGCGCUGGCCCCCACGCGCGAGCUCGCGGCGCAGCUCACCGAGCAGUUCCGCGCCCUCGGGGCGCCGCUGGGGAUCAGGUGCCUCGCGGCCAUCGGAGGGUUCGAGUCACUCGCGCAGGCCAAGGGGCUCGCGCGCCGCCCCCACGUCGUCGUCGCCACCCCAGGCCGCAUCGCCACGCUCGUCAAGGACGAUCCUGACCUCGCCAAAGUAUUCGCCCGCACCAAGUUUCUUGUGUUGGACGAGGCAGAUAGAGUACUAGAUGUUAAUUUCGAGGAGGAACUCCGGGUGAUAUUUAACUGUUUACCGAAGAAGCGGCAAACCUUUUUGUUUUCAGCAACAAUGUCAGAUAAUCUGCGAUCUUUGCUUGAACUUUCUGGCAACAAGUCAUACUUUUUUGAAGCAUAUGAAGGAUUCAAGACAGUAGAAACCUUAAAUCAGCAAUACAUUCAUGUUCCUCAUGAUGGAAAAGAGCUUCAUCUUUCAUAUCUUCUGUCAAAAAUGAAGGACAAGGAAGACCCUAUUCAUAGGAUGGGAGACCCUAUCCGCUCAGCCAUCGUAUUCGUUUCAAAAUGCAGAACUUGCUUAUUUUUGGAUCUGCUGCUGGAAGAGCUUGGCCAUCCUGCUGUUUCUUUGCACUCUCUCAAGUCUCAAGCGCAAAGGCUCUCAGCACUUAAUCGUUUUAAAUCCGGUCAGGUUCCUGUACUGCUAGCUACUGAUGUGGGCAGCCGUGGAUUGGAUAUCCAAACAGUUGAUCUUGUCAUUAACUAUGACGUUCCAUGGAAUGCACGCGAUUACAUCCAUAGGGUUGGACGAACUGCAAGAGCUUCAAGGGGAGGGCUCGCUAUAAGCUUUAUUACUCAGAAGGAUAUAUGUCUUUUACAUGAGAUAGAAGAUAUUGUGGGGAAGCAGUUGGAGGCCUACGAGUGCAGUGACAAAGAAGUUACUAAAAAUAUUACAAAGGUAUUCAAAGCAAAGCGUUUUGCGAAAAUGAAGAUGGAUGAUGAGGGCCAUGAGGAGAAAGUACAAGCUAGAAAAGAGCAGAAGAAAAGGGAUCUGGCGCGAAAGCGGAAACACGAAGAAUGAAACCAUGGAACCGGCUGCAUUGAUGGUUCAUCGUUGAUUGAUGUUCCCAAUACAUCUGUUGGGGUGGCAGCUUUGCUUAGUGUAACUCGAGGAAUCGAUGGUGGCUUAUUCCAGUGAGCUCAUCUAGUCGACUCUUCACAUUUUUGUCGAUGAGGAGAUUAAUAGCGGCGCAUGUAAAAUUCUACUGCUAGAUUCAGGUGAUGUAGGCAAAUGCUCUACUGAGUUCAUGGUUUGCGCUAUUGGCGCUGGACGGCAGCAGUGAUGAAUUCACCAUUACUGCCCAAUGCCAUAGAUCACAGGUCGAGGAAAAAAAAUCAUGUAAUGUACCAUUGACUUGUUCACAGAGAGCAGCAAGCUAAAAAUGCAUGUCUUGCUGUUUAGUCCUCUUUCGUGGUGGUCGUGACCUAGUUUUUACUA